GACUACUACAAGUGUAGUAGUUUGUACUCUCUCUCUCACAAACUUUCUUGUCCGCCAGAAUUUUUCAAAAUGGACGUCCGCCGGCGACCUUCAAGAGUACCCCGACUUGCUGCGACUGAGCAAUCAGCUGCUCCCAAGGCAUCAGAUGCACUCCCGCUCCCUCUUUACCUGACCAACUCCAUUUUCUUCACGCUUUUCUUCUCGGCGGCGUACUACUUGCUGCUCGGUUGGCGGGACAAGAUCCGAAACUGCAUGACCCUACACGUCGUCACUUUCUUCGAACUGGCUUCCAUUGUCUCUCUCAUUGCCUCCUUCAUAUACCUCCUUGGCUUCUUCGGUAUUGGCUUUUCCCAGUCCUUCAUUGGGCGCGCCUCCAACGACGCUUGGGACCUUGACGACGACGACAACGUCGACGAUCUCAGACACCAGCUGCUGACUUGCCCUCCCUCUAUUCCUGUCCAUCUAAUUCCGGGGGUUUCCUCUGCCGAAGACGAAGAAAUCAUAGAAUGGGUUAUCAAGGGAACAAUCCCCUCACACAAUCUCGAAGAAAAACUUGGAGAUUGCAAGAAAGCGGCCCGCCUUCGAAGAGAGGCUUUACAGAGGACUACUGGGAGGUCAUUGCAGGGGUUACCUUUGGAUGGCUUCGAUUAUGACUCCAUUCUGAAGAAGUGCUGUGAAAUGCCAGUAGGCUACGUGCAGAUUCCAGUGGGGAUUGCGGGGCCAUUGCUCCUCGAUGGUUUCGAGUACAUUGUCCCCAUGGCUACCACAGGCUGCCUGGUUGCCAGCACCAACCGAGGGUUCAAGGGUAUCUAUGCAUCCGGUGGGGCCACUAGCAUCAUAUUGAGGGACGGUAUGACCAGAGCUCUUGUCAGGUUCCCCACAGCCGCCAGGGCUUGCCAUCUCAAGUUUUUCCUCGAGAAUCCGUCAAAUUUUCAGACACUGGCCGACAAAUUUAACAAGUCAAGUAACUUUGCAAGACUUCAGAGUGUCCAAUGUUCUGUUGCCGGUAGAAAUGUCUAUAUGAGAUUUAGCUGCAGCACUGGGGAUGCUAUGGGAAUGAAUAUGGUUUCCAAGGGGGUUGAGAACAUCCUGGUAUACCUUCAAAGUGAUUAUCCUGACAUGGAUGUUAUUGGUAUCUCUGGAAACUUUUGUUCAGACAAGAAACCUGCUGCUAUUAACUGGAUUGAAGGGCGAGGCAAAUCAGUGGUGUGUGAAGCAAUUAUUAAAGAAGAGAUAUUGAAGAAGGUUUUCAAAACCAAUGUUGCUACACUAGUAGAACUCAACAUGCUCAAGAACCUGGUUGGUUCUGCCGUUGCUGGUGCUCUUGGUGGAUUUAAUGCCCAUGCAAGCAACAUUGUCUCUGCUAUCUUCAUAGCAACAGGACAAGAUCCAGCACAAAAUGUUGAGAGCUCCCACUGCAUUACCAUGAUGGAAGCUGUCAAUGAUGGGAAAGAUCUUCACAUAUCUGUGACUAUGCCUGCCAUUGAGGUGGGCACAAUUGGGGGUGGAACUCAACUUGCGUCACAGUCUGCAUGCCUGAAUUUGCUUGGGGUGAAGGGUGCAAGUAAAGAGUCGCCAGGGUCAAACUCAAAGCUCUUGGCAACAAUUGUGGCUGGCUCUGUUCUGGCAGGAGAGCUUUCUUUGCUUGCUGCAAUUGCUGAUGGUCAGCUUGUCAAGAGUCACUUGAAAUAUAACAGGUCCAGCAGAGAUAUAUCCAGAGUUGCUUCGUUAGAGUGAAGCUGGUUCCAGUUUCAAAAUGAAUAAGAAUAAAGAGCUAUAACGUGGUCGAGAGGAAACAAAGACAGUCAUCUGUGGAGGGUAUGAAUGUAGAUAGAAUCUUUUACCCGUCUGGAAGAGUCCCCACCCUAAUGCUUUGCCUGGUAGGAAGGAUAGAAAAGGAUGAAGAUGGGAAAUUUUUUAUUCUAAUAGUUAAGUUACAAAGUAGAAAAAUGGGUAUAAAUUUUAAUAAUUGGAUUAACAAGUUUUUCAUUUUCACUCCUUUCCUUCCUUACUACCAAGCAAAGCUUAAAUAUUCAUAAGCUUGGUUUACGGAUUUAUGGGCU